CCUCGCCCCAGAGCGAACUUUCGGUUUGUACACGUGCAACGCGUCGGGCAGCAUUCAGUGUGACAUUGCUGAGUGCCGCGUGCAUUACUGUGGCGAAAGUACCAACGCUUUGUAGUUUCGGUGUCCCGACUGCUGCAGGAACCUGGCCGCCAAUGCACUCACUUCCCUGUGGACUCCUCUAAGGCAAGACAUUCGGCGCAGACUACUUCUAAACUUUACUCCUUCAACAACGAAGUCCGCACCGAGCGCCCACACAAGGACCUCCGGCGGAACUCUGAAAGGAAUACUUGCUGAGCUAAGCCCAGCUUACAGAGGACGUAGACCAGCGCGGAACGCCAGUGCCUGCCUCGCGCGGAAGUAGACCCACAGCCAGCAGGAGCCACGCCCGUGGAGCGACAGCCAGGAGAUGGCGGCCUUCAUAGCCAAGCAAAUGGUUGGAAACCAAUUAAGUGCCGUUAAAGAUGCUGCAGGCGGAGGUGAUGGAGGCGAUGAUGGCGACGACAAGGAAAAGGCAGAGGAGGAGGAGAGGGAGCGUCAGGAGGCUAUUAAGGAAGCCGAGGACCGGCGCAAGGAAAAGCACCGGAAAAUGGAGGAGGAACGCGAAAAGAUGAGGCAAGACAUUCGCGAUAAGUAUAACAUCAAGAAGAAGGAGGAAAUCGUGGAGGCGGCACCCCAAGAAGAACCCAAUCCCCUGAUGAGAAAAAAGAAGACGCCUGAAGAGCUUGCCGCCGAAGCGGAGCAGGAAGAGCUCGACGACUUUACAAAACUGAAAAAUCAAAUAGAAACGCAAGUAAAUGAGCUAAAAACCCAAAUAGAGGGAAAAUGUGUCAUGCAGUGAUAUGUCAGUCUUCAUAUUUUCCAACAGACUAACAAAAUCACGAGUAAAUAAAAUAUUUAAAUAUAAAAUAAAUAAAUUAACCUUAACCCACAAACUGAAAAUGAUUUAACUCGACAUGAAAUUGGAUUUGUUAAUAUGAGAUCAGUUAAGAUUGGAAAAAAUAAACACAACUAAAUUAAUACAUUACAAAUCUAGUAACCCGGCGGCAACGUAAAGCGUAUUAAACACUAAACCCCAAAAUCGAUACGAAACAGAUAUGCGAAAAAAAAUGCGAACAGGACGGUGAACUCCUUAUGAAUUCCAAAGUAGCUAAAGCAUUAACCAAAUUAUUUAAAGCCCAACUAUAGUGAAAGCCUUUAAUAAUAUUCAAAUCACUUUUGCUUCGAUAAUAAUGUAAUAUACUCAAACCCAAUUUACAAUGCAUAAUCGUUGUUUAGUUGAUGACAUACAAUAAAAUAACGAUCUAAAAAAUAUAUAUCAACUCCGCACGAGGACAUUCGAACCCAAACCCAAUAAAAUAUUAAUGAUAAAAAUAAUAUGAAAUAACAUAAAAACGAAAGAAAAAUAUUAAGCAAAUGGUGUGACAGAGGAGGCUGCCGAACCAUGUAGAACCGUCGAAAUAUGUUGCUGAAAUCACUUUGGACUUGAAAUCCAUCUUUAAGUAUAGAAAGAUUAUAAACCAAACCGGCGAAUAUAUUAAAAUUGUCAUUCAUAAUAUACAUACUCUCGUUAUGUAUGUAUAUGUAAAUAUUAUGACAUAAAUCACGAGUAAAUGAAAAUACUUACUUGCAAACGAAUUGACUGUGGAUACGUUUAAACUAUUGAUGAUUCUCUAAAUUGUAUAUUGAAAGCCAGAAAAAAAAGUAUAAAAAUAAUGAAAAUACGUCAGUCAAUCUGUUUUUGAAAGUUCGAGACAAACCAUCUUUAACAGCUGUUAUAUUAUUUUCUUUCCCAUACAAAAAACAUACCUACACUUCAAUUGAGAUUUUCAAAACUGUUUGAGAUAGUUAAUAAUCUCUCUGAUUGAUGCUUCUGAAAUACAUGUACUCUCGGUGUUAUAUAAUAGUCAUCAACAACAACCAGAAAACCAGAACAACAGCACAAGAAAACGCCUACAGCCAGUACAAGAACAACAUCAACAACAACAUCAACUACAGAAGUAUCUAAAUAUGUAUUAUAAGAGACAAUUAUACUAUUCAAGCAAACAACUAAACUAGAUCAUCGUAAUUGCAAGCGACCAUUUCCUCCUAGCUUAUUUUAAAUUGUUGUGAGUUAAUUUGGAUGUGGCUUACCAUUUAUCCCAAUCCAUAUACACACUCGUAUACUUUUCCGUAACACGGCCAUGGUCACGUGCGUAUGCAUUUAAUUGACUAUAUAGAGUUGUAAUUGAUUAAAAUUAUGUACAGAUCAAAAAACUGCAACGAAAUAUAUGUAAAAAUUGCAUAAAAGCUUCGUAAAUAAAAAAAUAAUUAUUCCACAUUCUGUAUCUACCUUUGGAAGCUGAUAUCUGUAUCUUAAAAAGUAACACUUAAAGCUUCGUCCCAUUAUUCUACUUAAAAAUGUUGGAUGUCUUAUUUUACGCAUAUUGGUAGGACAGCAUAAAGUAAAGCCCUAAGCCCUCUCUGUCAACCUAAUAAAGCAAUCCUCUUGUGCCCCCUCGCUCCAUACAAAGUUAGGAACGAUGAAACUAAUGAAUGAAUGCCUUAACGUGGCUCAGACGACUAGACCAUGAGUUGCGAAUAGAUGAUGAUAAGAUAAGGUGAUUCUAACCUAAGGAAAAGUAUUUGAAAUCCCUAGCUUUGGUACCCAAUCGCACCUCUGUUACUAAAUCGGAAUCCAAAUAUCUUAGCUAUGAUCUCUUCAAGCUCGAAACUAUUAAAUCUAUAAAGUAAUGGCUUUCUAAAUAUUUAUGAAAAAUGUUUACCUAGAUUCUACUAUAUCUAUUGCGUUUUUCUCUCAGAUACUCACAUAUAUAGAGUUGAAGGUAUCUUAAUUAUUUAAUAUAUUGAAUACAUCUAAAUGAAGAAAGCGAACAAAACAAAUGAAACAUUAUUCAAUCAUAAGCAAGUUUUUAAAGUAAUCAUAAAUGUUCAAAAUGUUAAAUGGUUCAGCCGAUUUUAUUUUCAUAUAUCAUUUGUUAAUAUUGUGUUACCGUUAAUAUUAUAGAAACAAAAAUGUAAUUAUAUGUAUAUCAGAAAGUUCACGAAACACAUAUUAAUAAAAGUGUGUAUAGGUAUUUAUUUAUAUUUAUAUAUAUAUAUAAAUAUAUAUAUACAUAUAUAUAUGUAUCUUAAUAGGAAAAUGAAUUUAAUAGAGAAAUAACAGACAAAAAUUAUUAAUAAAAAUGUUAAAAGGAAUACCAUUCAAGUCAUUAUUAGAUGUGAAAGACGUUCUAUACACUACCAAUGAAUUAACAAAACAGAAAUAAAAAACAAAACUUAAGAAAAUCGUUAAUAGUUGAUUAAUUAUAUUGUUACUUUGAACAUUUAAUUGAAACAAAGAAAAGCAAAUGGUAUAAUAAAAAUUAUAUAUGUAUAAAUAUAUACGAGAAAACACAAAAA